GGUCUACUGGGUGUCAUCUUUUAUUGGCAUGAUACAAAGCAAGUGCCAAGGGCUGCGGCUCCUAUUCUCUGAGCAAAUUCGACCUCUGGAUAAAAGCUUGCAAAAUGCCUCGUGCAGAAAUUUAGAAAUGUUAGGCUGGAACGAGGAAGUGGAGUGGAGAGGGGAGGGACCGAGGGCACAGUUCCACAGCGCUGCCGCGGCGGUACGAACUUCACCACAUGGAGAGAGCUGGAAGAGCUUCAUAUUGCAAACUCAAGGAAUAGCAGAAUACCUGCAGCGAAUGGAGACAGAGGAGGCUCACGAAAUGACCCAGCUGUCAGCAGGCAGGGAAAGCCCCCCUGUGAAUGAGGCUUCAGAAGAUCCGGACGACCCCAUGGCUGUGCCAGAGGACCUGUCGGCCAGCUCCGGGCAGCAGCACAACAAUAAGCCGGACAAGGGCCUCGCCAGUAAUAUAAAAGUAGAGGCUCAGAGUGACGAGGAGAAUGGGCGUGCCUGUGAGAGGAUUGGGGAGGAGGAGAGUGCAGAGGACUUGCGCGUGCUCGAUGCCUCAGGAGCCAAACUGAACGGUUCCCACCCGGGCCCAGACGGGAAGGCCUACUCCCCGGCUGGGGCCAUCCGACUCCCGAACGGGAAGCUCAAGUGUGAUAUCUGUGGAAUAGUUUGCAUCGGCCCCAAUGUGCUGAUGGUUCACAAGCGAAGCCACACUGGGGAGCGGCCAUUUCAGUGUAACCAGUGCGGAGCCUCCUUCACUCAGAAGGGUAAUCUCCUCCGCCAUAUCAAGCUGCAUUCUGGAGAAAAGCCCUUCAAGUGCCACCUGUGCAACUAUGCCUGCCGCCGUAGAGAUGCCCUCACCGGCCACCUGCGCACACACUCUGUGGGAAAACCUCACAAAUGUGCUUAUUGUGGAAGGAGCUAUAAGCAACGUAGCUCGCUGGAGGAGCACAAGGAGCGCUGCCACAACUACCUGCAGUGCAUGGGCCUCCAGAACAGUAUCUACUCAGUAGUAAAGGAAGAAAGCACCCAGAAUGAACUGAGUGAAGACUUAAGCCAGACCGGGACAGAGAGGGCGUUGGUGCUAGACAGACUAGCUAAUAAUGUAGCCAAACGUAAGAGUUCUAUGCCACAGAAGUUUGUGGGUGAGAAGCGCCUGUCGGACCUCUCCUACGAAGGCGGGGCUUCUGGCCUGGUUAAUGACAUGCAGCCGCAUGUCAUUGACCAGGCCAUCAACAGCGCCAUUAGCUACCUGGGGGCGGAGUCUCUGAGGCCGCUGGUGCAGACCUCUCCAGCGUCCUCCUCAGAUGUGGUCAUCAGCCCCAUUUACCCUCUGCACAAGCCCCUGGGCGACACCCACGGCCACAAGAACGGCCACGGCCUGUCAGCCAAAGACAGCGCGGCCGAGAACCUGCUGCUGCUGUCCAAUGCCAGGUCUGCGUCCAGCGAGCGCGACGGCUCUCCCAGCCACAGCGGCCAGGACUCCACCGACACCGAGAGCAACAACGAGGAGCGGCCAGGCGGGGGCACCGGCCUCAUCUAUCUGACCAAUCACAUUGCGGCCGGGGCGCGCAAUGGGGCGGUGCCCCUGGUGAAAGAGGAGCAGCGGCAGUACGAGUCUCUCCGGGCGGCGGCGCUGGACCUGCCCUCCGACACCUUCAAGGUGCUGAGCAGCGAGGGGGAGCAGGUGAGGGCGUACCGCUGUGAACACUGUCGCGUGCUCUUCCUGGACCAUGUCAUGUACACCAUCCACAUGGGCUGCCAUGGCUUCCGCGACCCCUUCGAGUGCAACCUGUGUGGCUAUCGCAGCCAGGACCGCUAUGAGUUCUCCUCUCACAUGACCCGAGGGGAACACCGCUACUGAAAUCGCACGCUCACAUUCACACGGGUACACGUGCGCAUGCACAACACGUGCACACACAUACACAACGACACGGACACAUACACACACUCAUGCUCACAAAGAUGCUGAAAAUACACAGACAUAAACACAUCCGUACAUCCGUACAUUCACUCUAACAUGAUUCAUUUUCAUAGCACAGUUCAUUAAAAGAACUGUAACCUAAUGUGCGACGCAGGUAAUAACAAUUAUGAAGAACAAAUUAAGUCACAACAAAAGAAAAAAAAUAUCAGUCAUCACAUGCAAUAAGAGAUAAUAAUUUAACCUUAAUGAAAAUUAAUUAUAUACCACAGGAAAAACAGAAAUUCUCUUUAACAGAUGCCAUGUAUUUUCUGUGGGUAAAAAUGGAUAUAAUAAAAAUAUUAAUAAUUUAAAUGUAGUAAAAGCACAACAUAUAAAAUAAGCUUGCUUAAAAGCAGAAAAAGGAACUCAAAUUCACAUGUGUGUGUACACAUAAACAAAUACACAUGCGCACACACAUAAACACAUACAGACAUAAGAUGGGUCGUUGUUAUGCACUGUGCUGAAAUUGCAUGUUUUUUUACAGAGAGCUUGGAAAUAGAUUCUUGUGUAAUGCUAUGGGCAGCCACUGAUUUGAUCAAAAAAGUAUUUCUUUGAACAAAUUAGUCUCGAAUAAGCAGGAUAAAUUAAGUUUGAUACAUGAAUUGUUGGCAGUAGUGACUUUUCUUCUACACAGUUCUACUACCAUCUGCGAUUCAUCAUCUACGAUCAUAUCUUUAAUAUCAACUCCAAUAAAUCAGAGUAGACAAAAUUCAAAACAGGUAUAAUAUUGAUGGUUAAGCUUCUAUCGUAACUUUUAGUGCUACUGUCAAGCUAACAUAAAUAAAAAAUGUAAUUCAAUAAAAACAAUUUUACUUGGCCAUAUUCAAACAAAAUCCACUAUAUGCUCAGAAGCACUCAAAUAAAUAAAUAAAUAAAUAAAUAACAGGAAAAAGGAGGUGUGGCCUGAAAUCUGUGGUGACCAGGCUGGAGGCAGGACCUGUUUUAAAGAGGAAGUGAGCUUCUGCCUAACGAAUCCACCUGUGUCCAACUUUAUGGUCCCUACUGUUUUAAUAAUUUUUUUUUAAACCUGCAUAGAUGAUAUAACAUAGUAUAUUACACUUAUAAAAAAAAAGGAAAAAAGCCAUUUGUUCCUGUAGUUGUAUGCAAAUGUAAGAUGUUAUAGGUGUGAUUAUUCCUCGCAGAUAAUUCUCACAGAUGUUUCUAAUAUUAUUCUAGGGAUUUUGUGUCAGUGCUGUAGGCCAGUGUGUUUAAUGAUUAACAAAGACCGAACAUGCUUUUCUGUACCUCAGUGCCUGACAAAGGAUGCACUUCAAGCAAAGCAGUACAUUAAACUUAAUGACCACUUGGUCCAGCAGUCAUGAGUAUACAUUUAUAUAAUAUAUUUCCUAGUAAUAAUAUUUCAAUGAAAGGAUAUAUACAGGCAGUACUUAACUUCAUUUUUUUGUGCUUUUUUUGUGUGACACAGAAAUUUGUGUGCAUACCCUAAUGUUUUGAAAUGAAGUUUACAAGUAAAAGGGAAUGUGACCACAUUUGUAAGUUUUGCCAAACAGUUCUUUAGUUCCACUCUAGUUAUACACUGAAAAAUAUUGAAAGAAAAUUGUGGGGAUGAAGGUGUUAGUUUGGCUGUGCAUGGAGUUAGCAUGAAAAAAAAACAUUUAGCUGUGUAUAUCACUGCAUUCCUGCAAUCUGUAGCAAAUGUACAAAUUCAACAAAAUGCGUUGAACAAUAUAAAUAUUCAGUCAGUUUUAACACAGCACUGCAUUUGUUCAAAUCUCAUCUUAUGUUUGCAUGCUGAUGUAUUUAUCCAAUGUUUUAAAAGAGUAUGAACAUGAUAGUAUGAAUAUUGAUAGUAUGAAUAUUUUUAUGUCUCAAAAAUUAACAUUAUUGCAAUGUGGCACGUGGUUUCCCUGGGAACAUUGGCUUUUAAUGGUUAAAUUUCAUUUUUCCUUAAAGUGGCUUAGUGAUUUACUAUGGAUCUUGGUCACAGUAUGUUUAAAAUUUUAAAUAUAAAAUUGAUAUUUUUAUCAUAAAAUUUGUGUGCUGUCCUAGAAGUGUGAAAACCUGAGGGAACACCUAGAGAAUAUAAGAAAUUUCAAUUGAUGCACAGUGUCUUCUCAAUGCCCCAUCUUUUCUAUUGCUUAUGUACAUUGUGUAAAAACGUCUUACAUGCUUAUGCUUAUGUUGUGGUGUAGUGUUCCUGCUUACACUAUGGAAUUAAAGGUCUGUGCCUGAAAAUAUAUAAUAUUCUGUAAACUGCAUGUACAUAAUGUGUAAAAAAUAUCUAGCGUGCAAAAGUAUGCAUACAAUGCAUUGUUACAAAUAUGAGCGACUGCUUUCAGAAUGAAACCAUUCAUUUGUAAAUGCUGUCAAAUUUGAAAAAAGGGAUUAUUUUUAGUGGGAGUAAUGUGUUCUGUUUGAGCAGUAUUCUUGGUUUGUAUCACUGUGUACAAACCAUAACAAAUCUGACGAACAAAUGACAAUUCUGCUUCUUAAUUGAUUCAUCAAUAAAUUCAUUAAUGUUUGUUUAAAGUAGUAGUAACCAUGCUAUUGAAGAAAAGAGCAUUUUAUGUCAAUUUUAUGUUGUUUUGUAUAUUAUUUAAGCUCAACACAGUAAUUUUUAAACCAAACAUAUAUUGGUGAAUUUAUAACUAAAGGGCAUCAUAUAGGUCAAAUGAAUUAAAAAGCAUUGACUGUGAACUUUGUUGUUGAAAUUUUAUUGCCUGAUAUCCUUAUUUAAUGUAGAUGUUUGUGCAUAUCUAUGUCUUUAUAUUUCUGCACUUUUGUGUUUAUAGGGAAAAAACAGCACACUUGUUGUUACUUAUGUGAAUUUCAGUAGCAAGCUAUACCAAAUAUAGUUUUUGUGAGUUAUAAAGUGUACCUUCUUAAACUAACUCAGUGUAAUACAAUUCCCAUCUAGCAUUUCACCACGUCUCAUAGAUCUCACAAGCAAUGAUUUUGCAAUGCACUAUGGGAGCUUCAGGCAAAGGAAACACGGAAAUGGCCAUGUACACCAUCUCUAAAAAUAAGUUUGAAAAAAAAUAUGAACACAUUAUUGACCCACCAAACUGCUUAAUCAACAGAGUACAAGUACCCAUACACGUAUAGUUGGUUGCUCAUGAAAUGAUAAAAAAAGAAAUAAAAAUAUCUGAAAGAAUAAGGGCAUACACAUCUUUUUGUAUUAAACAGGAGUGCAGUUCUACCAACCUGUGUUACCUGGAGUAAUUUGUCUGUCUUUGGAGUGCUCUCUUGUCAAGCAGAUUAUUACACAAAUUGUAUUUUGAGUGUUUGUUUUUUCAUCUGCGUAUAGUAAUUUUUUGUUUUUGGGUGAAAUUUUCCUUUAAACAAUGGAUUGUUCUGCACCUCUAUUUUAUAUUAUUUCAUCUGAAAUUAUUUGUAAAAUAUGCUUGCAAACGAACAAUUAAAAAUCUGUUGUUUGAGA